AAGUAAUUAAUUAAAGGGAAUCGUAACGAUGAUGAUCCCCUAUAAUAUAAAACCUGGGGAUUGUUGCGUUUGUCGCUUCGCUGAUUUUAUAUUUACCAGGAACGAACGAACGAACGCCGUCUCCCAAGCUUAAGGCGGCGUGAGAGAGAGAGAGAGAGAGAGAGAGAGAGAGAGAGAGAGAGAGAGAGAGAGAGAGAGAGAGAGUAAUGGAAAAAAGGAAGGAGAAGCGAAUUAGGUCAGAGGUUCCGUACGAAGAACCCCCCGCGAGAUCUCAAAAGCGACGUAAGACUAGAAGGAAGAAGAAAGAGGAGGAUGUCGUCGUGACCAGAAGAGGACCUUCGAGUUCGGAGGGAAGAAGAGGUACUACAAGAACAAGAGGAAGAGACAUGUCUUCUUCUUCACCCGACAAGGAGGAUGACUGUGAAGGAACAAGAAAGUAUACUGGUUUGACUUGUCAUCAAUGUAAGGUCUUGAUGAGUAGUAAGCGUGAUCUUGUCUUCUGUUCAAUAUGCAUCAAGACCCGCUAUUGCUAUGACUGCAUCGAGAGAUGGUAUCCAGAGAGAACGCCUGAUGGAGUUCAAUCUGCUUGUCCUUUCUGUUUGGGGAAUUGCAACUGCAGAGCUUGUCUGCGAGAGCCUUUGGCCGUCAAGAUACCAAUUGAGAAAGACGAGAGUGUCAAGCUCAAGCAGUUGCAGUACCUAUUAGUUAAAGUCCUUCCAGUUCUUAGGGAUAUCUAUACAGAACAGAAACAUGAACUAGAGAUUGAAACAGCGAUUAAAGGAGUCCCUGUGACAGAAUCUGAUGUUAUUAGGUGCGAGCUUCAUCCAAGCGAACGCAUUUACUGUGACCUCUGCAGAACAUCCAUUGCCAAUUUUGUCAGAAGCUGUCAGAACCCAGAUUGUUCAUCAGACAUAUGUCUUUCUUGCUGCAAGGAACUGAGAGAUGGGGAGAGUUUCUCUAGAUGGAAGCUUAAUUCUGACGGUACCAUUCCCUGUCCUCCGAAGGAACGUGGUGGUUGUGGCUCUUCAAAACUGGAGUUGAGACGUUUGUUCAAACGUAAUGUCAAAAAACUGAUAACCGAUGCAGAGGAACUUACUCUACAGUCUAGGCCACCGGAUGUGGAUAUUGCUCAUGAGUGUUCGUCAUGCUCUGAUCCCAUUAGGAGGCAGGCGGCAUAUAGGAAGAAUGGUCAUGAUAACUUCUUAUACUCCCCGAGUGCUCUUGAUCUGUCUGAAGACGAUAUUGCUCACUUUCAGUCGCAUUGGAUAAGGGCAGAACCUGUUAUAGUCAGAAAUGUUCUCGAGAAGACAUCUGGACUAAGUUGGGAGCCAAUGGUUAUGUGGAGGGCUUGUAGAGAAAUGGAUCCAAAGGUUAAAUGCAAAGAAGAGGCAAAAGCGGUGAAAGCUGUGGAUUGCUUGGACUGGUGUGAGGUUGAAAUAAACAUUCAUAAGUUUUUUGAUGGCUACUUAAAAGGCCGCAUGCAUCACAAUGGUUGGCCAGAAAUGUUGAAAUUGAAAGAUUGGCCUCCAUCAACUUUAUUUGAAGAGCGUCUUCCAAGGCAUAAUGACGAGUUUAUUUCUGCGUUGCCUUUCUUUGAUUACACUGAUCCAAAGUCUGGUAUCUUGAACCUUGCAACAAAACUUCCAAAAGACUCCUUGAAGCCAGAUCUUGGACCCAAGACAUACAUUGCCUACGGUUUCCAUGAAGAACUUAAUAGAGGAGACUCUGUGACAAAGCUACAUUGUGAUGUUUCUGACGCGGUCAAUGUGCUGACACACACAACUAAAGUGAAACUGUUACCCGUGCAAUACCAAAGGAUAAAAAGAGAACAGAAACACUAUGCAGAAGCCCAGUUGCGUAAACGACAGGGUGGUCAGCGUAUAGAAUCCAGUGAUCAAAUAAUCUUGAUUGAGAAUGAGGAAGCUGUAAAGAAUUGCAAUGGUCUUUUGGGAGAAAGUAGCUUAAAGGAUAAAGCAGCUAAGGAAGAAUCAUCAAAUAGCAUUGCGGGGGCUUCCAGCUCACAAAAAUGUGAAUGCACUAAAGUUGAAAGAGCUGAUCAUAUGGAAGGAUCUUCUAGUUCGUAUUCUUGCACUACUGCUAUGGAGUCAGGUCAUGAUCCAAAGGUGGAUGUGAGUUUAAUUCCUCAGAAGAAUGUAACGGUAAAUGACGAAUCAAUUGCUGACGAGAAUCAUGAUGACGUCUGUUUGAAGACGGAGAAAAAGGAUAGUCCCCUACAACCUGUUGUGAGUACAAUUGUGGAACCAAUACAGGAGCAGAAACUGGAUGCUCGAGUAGAAACUAAUUGCAAUGCGGAUGAGAGUUCAGAGACUCUGCACGGUGGUGCUGUCUGGGACAUUUUUCGAAGGGAGGAUGUUCCAAAACUUAUUGAGUAUUUGAAAAGGCACAAGCAUGCGUUUCGUCACCUCUACAACGAACCUGUGAAAUCUGUGUCACAUCCAAUUCAUGACCAGAGUAUGUUCUUGAAUGAAAAACAGAAGAAACAGCUGAAAGAGGAGUUCGAUAUAGAACCAUGGACCUUUGAGCAACACCUCGGUGAAGCUGUCUUUAUCCCUGCAGGUUGUCCUCACCAAGUAAGGAACAUACAGUCUUGCAUAAAGGUGGCACUAGAUUUUGUUGCUCCUGAAAGUGUAGAGGAAUGCCUUAGGCUAACAGAGGAGUUCCGGAGACUACCAAAAGACCACAGAUCUAACGAGGAUAAACUAGAGCUUAAGAAGAUAGUGCUGCAUGCUGCCAGCUCAGCCAUAAGAGAUGCAAACGAGCUGAUGCAAAAGUCGAUGACACAAUGUGAUACGUAUGAGGCUUGCCGCCCUCCGAUUAUUUAUCAGUAUGCACGAAGAAAGGCCCACAUGUCUAAGGAAGCCCAGCAGAAGAAGAGUACGUAAGGAGCAAGUUUGACAAGAAUAAAAUAUCGUGAAAAGUAGUAGAGCACAUGCGUGUGUGCAAGCAAGCCUUAGUAAUAUAUAUGUAGGGAGUAGGAGGGACAUUAUUCUCUUAUAGGACAUAACCCAUAUUUCCUAUUCUCUCACAACCUAACAAAUUCUACACUAACCCAAUAAAAGAAAAUUACCAUAAAAAC